AUGUAUACCUAUUCGUCGCGCGAUGAGAGCCUGUGGGCGCUGGUGAAUCUGAUCCGCGGCGGCACGGAGGAACAGGCGAGGACCCUGGUGAGGGCUGGUGGUGCUGAGGCGUUCGUGAAGGAACUGGACGACUCCUUUGAGAAACUGACACUCCAGGCACUGAAUGGGCUUUCGGCUCUGCUGCAGAUACCUUCGCUGGAAUCCGAGGUUAAGCGCAUCAUCCGGGUGUCCGGCGGCCUGGAGAAGCUCGAUGCCUUGUUCCACUCGGACAGCCUAGAUCUGAUCGAUAAAGCAAGCAAAAUCUUAAGUAAUUUCUUGUGUGACGAUUUGAGGGAUGGAAGGAGCGAGGAUGACGAUGAAGAACGACAGGAAGGGAAUGGAGAAGAGACGGAUGGAGAAUCAAAGAAAGAUGAGACUCAAGAAGGAGGAGAGACCUGGCAAGACAAAGACGCCCAGAAGGUAGAAAAAGGAGUAGACAAUCAAGUUGAAACUAGGGAGGAUGAGAAAGAGGAAGAAAAGGAAAAUGGACAUAAUGGAGCAGAGGAGAGUAAUACAGAAGAAGAGAACAAAAAAGAGAAUAUUGGUGUGAUGCAAAAAGAGAAUGCCGAUUUGGAGGGCAGAGAAGAACAACAUUUGGAUGAUAAGAAUCUGCAUAUUCCCGAGGAACAGGAGGCAGAUGGGGAAAAUGGGCUGGAAAAUGAAGAGAUAAAGAAAAUCAAUAUCAUGGAGGACGGGGAAAAUGCGCAAGAAGUAAAGGAAGACAACGAAGGUAUGGUGAAAAUGGGAGACUCCGAUGAACUAUAUAAAGAAAAAGACAAAAUAUUAGAUGAAGCUGAUAGCAGGACCAAAAACAAAGAUUUAAACAAUACGGAUGGUAAUAACGAAAACACAGAUAACGAAACCGACACUAUGAAUAAUGCUGCUGCAGUUGAGCCUACAUUACUAGACGAUGAAUGAUGUGAUGAAUGACAAUGAAAAACCAGGAGGCAGUAAAAAGGUUAAAAUCAUAAUGGCGACAGUCAAAAAUCAGUAAGAAGAGGGACAUGCACGGAAGAGGAAAAAAAACUGACGCUAUGAUAAUAAAUUGCAGUGCUGUGAUAAUUUGACUCUCAAGAACGAAUAGCUAUUGGUGAGGACGAUAACAACUGAAACAUACGAUAAAGUUCGGGUACUUUUGAUUCAGAUGCGCGACAUUGAUAGCGAUAAUCAAUCGAUGGAGCAAAUCGAAUAAUUACGAACGAAAAAAAAAUGUUAUUUAAAAACCGAAAAGCAAAUCAUACAGGAGUUUAUUGUGCGGAUCGCAUUCUUUAUGCGUUUGGAAUUUUCGCAUACCAUGUAUCAUUAGAAUAAAGAAAACACUCCGUUCUGUUCACGAUAUUGCACGAGAGAUAAUUAUGUCACCCUGGAUACUAAGUAUACAGAUCAUGUAUCUAAUUGCAGUUAUCCUAGUUCUUCAUUAUAAGGCCUUGUAGGCAUAACGUGUCUUUUC